AUGGAAGGAGUCACCAUCAGGCACUGGCUGAAAUGCCCAGUCCGCUACCAGGCCUGGUUUGCAGAGAAGGAGGAGUGCAAGGAGGAGCACUCCUUAUUUGCCCUGCCGGCGCCCUCCAUCCCGGGGCUGAAACUGGGGAGCGAGGGAGCUGCCACUGGAGAGAAGGGCAGGGAGCUUGCUUUCCAGGUGCUGUUAGACGUGGCUCAAUUCCGCCCAGAGGAGAUCCUCAUUCAGGUGUAUAAGGGCUGGCUCUUGAAAAGCCAGCAUGAGCCCUGGCUUGACGAGCACGGCUUCAUCUCCAGGAGCUUCACUCACCAGUACAAGCUGCCAGGCGGGCUGCAAGCGAGAGGCUUGAGCGCUGUGCUGUGUCACGAUGGGACUCCGGUGGUGGAGACAAGACCGUGA